AUGGAAAUGUCGGUGUUUGGAUUCGGUAGCGAAUUGCUCCUCUCCAUCCUUCUUCCAACAUUUCUUAUUUUGAUAACUUUUUUCCUGUUCCAACGCCUAAUAUGUGGCCGGAAAAACCUUCCGCCAUCGCCGCCAAAACUUCCCAUCAUCGGAAACCUUCACCAACUCGGUUUCCUCCCCCAUCGCUCACUGAAGUUACUAGCUGAAAAGUAUGGCCCAAUAAUGCUUCUACACUUCGGAAGCAAACCGACACUCAUAAUCUCAUCUCCGGCGGUAGCUGAAACGGUGUUCAAAACCCACGGUCAGAAUUUCUUGAGUAGGCCUAAAGCAAACUUCGUCGGAAGACUUGUAUACAAUUAUAGGGACAUCGCUUUCGCGCCUUACGGCGAAUAUUGGAAGCAAGUUCGAAGCAUAUGUGUUCUUCAACUUCUUAGUAGCAAGAGGGUUCAAUCAUUUAGAAGCGUGCGCGAAGAUGAGAUCUCUUUGAUGUUAAAAAACAUCGAAGAAUCUAGACUGUCGCGCUCGCCCAUAAAUUUAAGCAAGAUGCUAACCACACUUACUCUAGACAUUAUUUCUAGGAUAUCCAUCGGGAAGAGGUAUUCGGAAGAGAAACGUGGGGGUAAUCUACCUAAAACGUUCGGGGAAUUUACGGAGUUAGUAGCGACAUUUAAUGUCGGUGACUACAUUCCAUGGCUCGGAUGGAUUAAUCGCAUCAAUGGUUUGGAGUCAAGAGUGAACAGGGUGGCUAAAGAGUUGGAUGCAUAUUUUGACGCUGUACUUGAAGAAGGAACAUUCCGGAGGCGGUCGGAGGCGCCCGAGACAAUUGAUGGGGACAAAAACCAGCAGAAUUUCGUGGAUGUCUUGCUGGAUCUCCGACACAAAUCUGCCGCUGGAUUAGCUCUUCAACGUGAUUCACUUAAAGCGAUUGUCUUGGACAUGUUCGCUGCUGGAACAGAUACGACAUCGACACUCUUAGAGUGGGCAAUGUCCGAAUUAGUGAAAAAUGAAAACGUUAUGACUAAACUAAAAGAUGAGGUGAGGCGAUUAUCAGAUGGAAAAUUGAACCAAAUAACAGAGAAUGAUUUAGAAAAACUCCCUUAUUUAAGAGCAGUAAUUAAAGAAACAUGUCGUAUGCAUCCUCCGGGUCCGCUGUCACUUCCUCGAGAAUCCAAGCACGCUAUCAAUAUCAUGGGAUAUGAUAUUCCUGCUGGCACCCAAGUGUUCACCAAUAUUUUUGCAAUCGGAAGGAGCUCUUCUUUGUGGGAAAAUAGCGAUGAUUUUCAACCCGAAAGAUUCUUGGACACUUCCAUUGACGUUAAAGGACAACAUUUUGAGUUGCUCACUUUUGGUUACGGAAGGAGAAGUUGUCCAGGAAUCGCAUUUGCCUUGGCUGUAGCUGAAGUUGCCCUUGCGAAUCUAAUACUUAGAUUCGAUUUUGCAUUGCCCGGUGGAGCAAACAUGGAGGAUUUAGACAUGGAUGAAGUUCCUAGUAGUGUUGUUAGAAGGAAAAAUCCUUUGAUUCUUGAGGCAACUUUACCUAAUUAA